AUGGUUUGUGACGUUGUGAACCUUGCUGGACCAAAUCCUGACUUACGUCCAGUGCUUUCUGUUGCUCUUUCAACGCAUCAUGAAGUUUAUGAGUCUGGUGCUUGCGUACUUCGAACUCCAGCUUAUGCCGUUGUUAAUCCAGUUGCUUUAGAAGAUAUUGCAACUUUGCAGCAACUCAAAUUCCGGUCAGAUUUAUGUAGUCAUGUUUUCAAUGUUGAUCGUGGUUAUGGACCAUAA